AUGCUCCCUCCUGAACACGAUCCCGCCACCGUCCACGGCAUCCAGUACGCCCCCGACUUCCUCGAUUCUCUCCCCUCCCACGCCCCGGACCAUGUCCUCUUCCCCUUCCUCCACGGCCUCGAGGGCGACAACGAGCUCCAGAACUCUUUCUUCGCCGCCGCCCGCCCCCGCGGGUACGUCCCCCGCUUCCGUGGGCUCGUCUGGGUCGCGUGCGACGUCGACGACGAAGAUGAUCUAUGCGACGUCGACGACCUCGAUGACGACGAAGACGACGACGACUACUCGACUGGCUCCUCUCUCGACUCGUACGGCCCCACGGACAUCGACGAGGACGUCCCUAUGCAACUCGACCCCACCCUCCAGGGCCCCAUGGUCACCGGCUGCCCCCCUCCAGAGCCCAUGGAAAAGGCCCCCCCCGCGCAUCUCACAUCCGGGUUCCGGGCGCGUGAUCUCCUCCGGACACGAACUGAGCCGAACGGGUCGACGACGCACAUCUUCGCAGAGCCCAAGAUCCCCGACGGAGUCAGUCUGCGCAACUUUGGCAUCCAGGUGCCAAUAUAUGCUACUUUGUCGGAUAUCGUCGUCUAUUCUCCGCAUGGUCGAGCGCGCUCCGCCGUCAUGGUGGCGGAGAAGUUCAAGCAAGCCGUGGAGGUGAAGCACCAAGAACGCCGCGCGCGGUGUCCCGAUCCCGAUGCGCUCGUCGAGUACAACGUCUUCGUGCUCGAUGCCUCUCCGUCGGAGCUGGCCGAGAGGCUCCCCCACCUCGUCGUUCGCACAGAAGACAUCUUCGCGUCCGGACCAUACACCGACGGCACCGACGCCCAUGCACACUGCGACGACGACAUGGCUCGCUUCCUCCGUGCCAACACCAUCGACUUCGCCCAGCGCGAGAAGGACGAGAUGCGCGAUCUGACGCAGUCGUCGGAAAUCUCCUCCAUAGUCGAUCCCGCCUCCGGCAUCGACCUGGCGUCUCUGGCUGGGACGAGCACGGCGUCGAACUGGCAUCCAGAUGUCGGCCAGAUCUUCCUGGGCAACUCGAGCGACGUCCCUCUACCCCCCGAUCGGCGCAUCCGUAGGCGCUCUAUGCGCGGCGACGAAGACGACGACGACCUCUUCGACUCUCAAACGAACGACCCCAAGCAGGGCUUCGGGUAUGAUCUCUGCAUCGAGUGCCAUGACUACGCGCCCUUCCCCACCUCCGCGCAUCUGCGCGCCGCCGAGGAACACAUACGCCUGCUGGAGAAGCGAUGGGUGGAACGGUGCGUCUCAGGAGCGAACGACGUGGACGCGAAGGACACACUCCCCCCUCGACCACCGCCAGGCGCCGGGCAUGUCGUCCAUCUUCCCUUCCCCAGCUCGCCCGCGUCAUCCGUCGUCUCCGUCAACACCCUCCUUCCGUUCAUCCAGUUCUUGGAGAGACUCAUACAGCCCGCCGAUAGAGCUCUGACAUUUGAGGUCGCCGCGGAGCAGCUCGCCCCACCUCGGGCGCCGAGCGCCGUCGACGCGCGACGGAAUUCCAACGCCGCGUUCAUGCCCAGCUCGCUCCCACCGCCUAGCUCGUUCCCGGCCCCGUUCUUCCCCCCGGCCUCCUCGCCGCAGUCGUCAUAUACUCGGGUGCGGUCCACAUCCGCCACUUUCCAUCCCGCGUCAUCGCCAUCUACCCCGGUUUCCGCAAGUCCCACGUCCACUGCGCCAGUGGUGCCCCUUCGCACGCGCCCGGUGAAGAUUCUGAUCUACUCCGCCGACGGCUACACGGAGUCCUCGGUGCUCGCGCUGUGCAUCCUGAUGGCUCUUCGUCGUUGUUCCCUGCCCGAGGCAUAUCUCACCCUCCAGGUUGAGAAGCGGAGAAGCUUUUUCGUGUACCAGAGCGACCUGGGCAUCCUUCGCCGCGUCGAGGCCCGCCUCGAGAAGGACCGGGCGGCACACAACGUACACCCUGUCAACCUGCCCAUUCAUCCCUUCGCCACCCCCGCAUCACAAUCCCAGGGCGACCCCAACAACUGGUCGCGCUCGUUGGGCCAUUCAACCGCCAGGUCGGUAUCGUUCGCGCUACCGUCAACGCCCACCCCUCCGCCCGAGGUCGGCGCGCUUUCGACCGCGGCGGUUCACCCGUUGCGAUCGCGGUCAGAGUCCGAUGCGGACUGCAGCGCUCCGGCGCACAUUCAGGGUCGCCCUCGUGCGCAUACGAUGCCGCCCACUCGGACGGUUCCCUGGAACGACCACCAGGUUUGGUUCAAUGAUCCCAGAUUCGACGGCAGUUUCCCCAGCCGUGUCCUCCCGUUCCUCUAUCUCGGGAAUCUAAACCACGCGUCGAACGCGUUCAUGCUCCACGCGCUCGGGAUCACACACGUCGUCUCCGUCGGCGAGUGCGCGCUUGUACCGCCGCCGCAUCUGGAGAGCGCAGCCAGCGGCGCUUGUCUGCUAUCGUCCGGCGGCCAUUUCGUGCCCGGCAAAGGCCCAGACGGGCAGGGCUCGCUCUGGAUCGAGGAGCGCGAGGGACGGAUCAAGGUUCUGGACAUCAAGGGCGUGUGCGACGACGGCAUCGACACGCUCGAGCCCCAGCUGGAGCCGAUCUGCAACUGGAUCGACAAGGCGCGCGAGGAAGGCGGGAAGGUGCUCGUGCACUGUCGUGUGGGGGUGUCGCGCAGCGCGACGGUUACGAUCGCGUACGUGAUGAAGCACCUCCAACUCCCCCUCGUCGACGCGUACCUUAUCGUGCGCUCGCGGCGUCUGUCGGUGCUGAUCCAGCCCAACAUGCGUCUGCUGUACAACCUUCUUGGCUGGGAGAUCAAGUUGGCGCGUGAACGCGCUUCGCGCCCGCUUGAUAGCUGCGCGCCCGAGGAGAAGGAGGCGCGCCUGCAGACUCGGAUGCGCAACGAGCUCGCGCGCGCGCUCAACUGGCCAUACCUCGCGAAGGAGGUCCACACGCUCAACGAGAAGUACCUCCACUGA